CUUUGCGUACCAACACCCUUCAAAAAUCUCCCUCCCUUCGCCCUCUCCGAGAAAAAACCCUAAUCGCCAUGGGUGAAAUCGGUCGGGUUUCCGUCUAUGACGCUCUAGGAGGCGGCGCAGUUGCGGAUACAUUGCUCUGGAGGAAAUGCUACGGAGGAGUUGUAGUGUUAAUUGUUUCCACAGUCAUCUGGUUUCUUUUUGAAAGAGCAGGAUAUAACUUCUUAGCAUUCGUCGCCAAUGCUCUACUGCUUGUGGUUGUAAUCCUCUUUUUCUGGGCAAAAUCUGCGUCUCUUCUCAAUAGACCCCUGCCUCCAAUUCCUGACCUGGACAUAUCAGAAGAAUCAGUUCUUGCCACUGCUGAUGAGAUGCGAGUGUGGGUUAAUAAUGCUUUAUCAACCAUGCAUGAAAUUGCAGUUGAUGGAAACUUGAGAACUUUAAUUUUGGUUGCUUUUGGCUUAUGGUUGAUUUCCUAUAUUGGUAGUUUGUUUAACUUUCUUACACUGAUCUACAUUGGGAUCCUUCUUAGUUUGUCAGUUCCUUUUUUAUAUGACACAUUCCAGCCUCAAGUAGAUGACAAGUUGUUAGUUGUACACAAGAACUUGAGCACUGUAUUCAAGAAAGCUGAUCUCAUCUUACAAAAUAUCCCAAUGUCCCGAAAGAAGGAAAAGAAGAUCGAAUAGGGUAAUGGUUUCUUGCGCCAGCUGCUUAAAAUGAAAACCCUCCUAGUAUUUUGAGUGAUGUGGAUGUAGAAGAAUUAUCGGCAGUCAUAUGCUUACAACGGGAUCUUGAAAGCUGAUACUUCGUUUUGUAGAUAGUUGUCUGGUCAUUGCAAGUCUUGAUGUGUUUUGUUCUACUCGAGUAGAAGAAGAUUAUGGUUAUUGUCGUCUUAGAUUACAGGAGGAUGUAAGGUUUAGGGUGAGUGGUUAUUCAGCUUGUACUUUUUGGUAUAUUUCUGGUAGUGAUUGGAAGGAUAUUAUAGUAUCUUUUGCCUUUGUAUAAGUUGGAAAGAUUUUUGUU